UGUGCUAGCAAGUAGCAAAUAAAUGCCGAUUUAGCCGAAAGUCAUUCCAGCUAAUUAUUGUGCAAUAGUGUAAUUUAUUUCUGGAAACUUGAAGUUGAUACUUCUUUUUACUAAAUACAAGUUUUAAAGGUUCAGUUGGUGAAUGAUGGUUUCUCUCGUAUGUAGUUGGCGGUUUCAAAAAGUUGCGGUUCCAUUGUGUAGUUUAGGUUUGGCAACUGUAAAAGCAUUUUCAUCAAACAUGGGUAACGAAGAUUGGAAAAACGCCAAGACUGUUUAUGACUUUACAGUGAAGGACAAUGAAGGGAAAGAAGUUUCUCUGGAAAAAUACAAAGGACACGUGUUGCUGAUUGUCAACGUUGCCUCUCAAUGCGGCCUCACCAAGGAUAACUACAAGGAGCUCGUAGAACUGGACGAGAAGUACAAGGAGUCUAAGGGACUGAGGAUCUUGGCUUUCCCUUGCAACCAGUUUGGAGGACAGGAACCCGGCACCAACGCAGACAUUUGUACGUUUGUCUCCAAGUACAGCGCCAAGUUUGACUUUUUCGACAAGAUAGACGUCAAUGGAGACAACGCUCACCCUCUCUGGAAAUACCUGAAGCACAAGCAAGGUGGAACUCUGGGAGACUCAAUCAAAUGGAACUUUACAAAAUUCAUCGUUGACAAAAAUGGAAUCCCAGUUGAACGCUUUGCACCUACCACACCACCCUCUAAACUAGUUGGCUCUCUAGAGAAGUACUGGUAAGACCGGACUCUGCUGAUGUUCUGGUUCCUCGGACCAAGCCUUGCAUCACACUCACAAGACUGCAGCUUUUAAUGUUUAUAUGUCUAGUUGCCAUGCAUUAGUGUGUAUUGGUUGAAACCAAAUAUUGAUGGUUUUAGUUUAGUUUGGUUUCUGGGGUGUUGAUAGAUUCUAAAUGAGUAUUAAUGAACAAAAUAACUUAUUUAUUGUUCCUGAGGAGAAAUACUCCAGAGCAAGUAUUGAAAAACUGAACUGCUCAUGGAUUAAUUGUACUGUACAUUAAUAAAUAACCUUACUUAUGCACGCACAAUACAAUAUUUAAUUACCUUUACCAAAGAUACCAGAGCAAUUAUUUGUUAUGUAGUAACUUUUAUCAAUAGCUUGAAUAUUUUGAAUUCACUAGUAUUUUAUGUCUAAAUACUAGUAAAUAGUGUAGUUGUCAAAUGCGGUUAACGUUUUUGAUUUUUUUUAAAUCAUAUUUUAUGUUCCAAGGAAUAACUUUGCCGUG